AACGAAGAGAAGAGGAACCUUGCCCUGGGGGGCCAUGUUGGAUUUGACAGUCUCCCCGAUCAGCUGGUCAGCAAGUCUGUCACGCAAGGCUUCAGCUUCAACAUCCUCUGUGUGGGCGAGACCGGCAUUGGGAAAUCCACACUAAUGAAUACACUCUUCAACACCACAUUCGAGACAGAGGAAGCCAGUCACUAUGAGAGUGCGGUUCGCUUGCGGCCGCGAACCUACGACCUGCAGGAGAGCAACGUUCACCUGAAACUAACAAUUGUGGAUGCGGUUGGAUUCGGAGACCAGAUAAAUAAAGAUGAAAGUUACAGGCCGAUAGUUGAGUACAUUGAUACGCAGUUUGAAAACUAUUUACAAGAAGAGUUGAAAAUCCGUCGUUCUCUCUUCAACUAUCAUGACACAAGGAUUCAUGUCUGCCUGUACUUCAUCACUCCAACUGGGCACUCGCUCAAGUCCUUGGACCUGGUAACAAUGAAGAAGCUGGAUAGCAAGGUGAACAUCAUCCCAAUUAUUGCCAAAGCAGACACCAUCUCCAAGAGCGAGUUGCACAAGUUUAAGAUAAAGAUAAUGAGUGAGCUGGUCAGUAACGGUGUGCAGAUCUACCAGUUCCCCACAGAUGACGAUGCGGUUGCUGAGAUCAACUCCGUGAUGAAUGCUCAUCUGCCCUUUGCCGUGGUUGGCAGCACGGAGGAGGUGAAAGUUGGGAACAAGCUGGUGAGAGCUCGGCAGUACCCGUGGGGUGUGGUGCAAGUUGAGAAUGAAAGUCACUGUGACUUUGUGAAACUGAGAGAAAUGCUGAUUCGAGUCAACAUGGAGGAUCUUCGGGAGCAGACUCACACCCGCCACUAUGAGCUGUACCGGAGGUGCAAGCUGGAAGAGAUGGGGUUCAAGGACACAGAUCCAGACAGCCAGCCGUUCAGCCUCCAGGAAACGUACGAGACCAAAAGAAAGGAAUUCUUGGGCGAACUCCAGCGGAAAGAGGAAGAAAUGAGACAAAUGUUUGUUAACAAAGUCAAGGAGACGGAGGCAGAGCUGAAAGAGAAGGAGAGAGAGCUGCAUGAGAAAUUUGAGCACUUAAAGAGGAUACACCAGGAAGAGAAGAGGAAGGUGGAGGAGAAGAGGAGGGAGCUGGAAGAAGAGAUGAAUGCCUUCAACAGGCGGAAAGUAGCGGUGGAAACCUUGCAGUCCCAAUCCUUGCAGGCUACCUCACAGCAGCCACUGAAGAAGGACAAAGACAAGAAAAACUUUUUUAGUCUUCCCAGUGCGUGCUCCAUAACAUCAGGAAGACAUGUUAAUUAGAAGAUUUAUUAAGGCCAAAACAUCUCAUGCAGAAGAAAUUAAUUGGUGCUUUCACCUUAAUGCUUGCAGUAUAUUGCACAGAAGAGAUUAUAUAGCAAGGACUAAGAUGCCUCUCGAUGGGGAAAAAUUGGCUUGAUCAGGUUUCUUGAUAAGGUUGAAAUCUAAGCUACUUGCCAAAAGAUAAAUUGCGAAUUAAGGCUAAUGCAUGGCUUGCACUUAAACCAAGACACUAAUCUCUGGGUGAGAACCCACACGCAGUAUUUAACACUGUGACCAGACGUCUAAGUGGAAGAGGAACAAAGUGGUGCUAGUGGGAGACCAGUGUUCAGCGCGCUGCUGAAGCUGUCGUCGUAAUGGGAUUUCCACUUGUUCCUCUCCUCACUGUGGUUUGGGAUUGUAACUAGAGAACCCGUUAAUGGCCUUAACCAACCAUCCGGACGCUUCCUAGCAGUAACUCUUCUGUCGAGCUUUCUUCCGUAGACUUACGGCUUCUGUAACCAAAAUCUCCCAACCCCUCAUGUGUUUAGCUUUUGUAGGGGUAACACACGUGCCUCAACUUAACCCCCUUUGCCAAAGCUCCCUGCCCUGCUGCCGUGCUGGCGCUUGCUUCUUCGGUUACGGGUAACUGCCUCGCCGCGCCGGGCUCUCCUGGUAAACCUUGGAUGUGUGCAGUGAUAACGGACCCGCUUUAAAGGACAACUGAAUGCACUUUGUUUAAUGGAGGGGAAGCAGUUUAAAGCUGGAGACCUGGAGUUCCUGGCUGUGAGCUCUGUACUCAGAGCAGACCGACUGCCCUGUGCGCCAGCGGCGGGGGGGAAGCAGUCCGUCUGUGCCCCUCUCUGACUUUGCACAGGAAUACGGAGAAGCCAAAUAGUUCUAGCUUUGUUUUAAAACUUGUAAACUAAUUGCAGGAAUGACCUGCUUGUACCAAAGCUGGGUUUAAUAAAAGCAAAACUGACUUGUUAAACAAACAUAUGUUAAAAACACAUUUUGUACAUUAAAGAUGUUCACUGGCCGAGUUGCCCACUAGUAUUGCAGUUUCCCUCUGUACUUAAAUACUCUGUGUAUUUGGGUAUAAAAUACCUGCCCUGGCCCUGGCCCUGGCCCUGGACUGGUUGCUGCUAGCAGCGUGGGCUCCUCUCUCCCUGCUGCUGCUUGCACCGGUCCAGCUACGUGCCUUGCAGUGGGGUUGGGGCCACAGCCUCAAAACCAGUCCGCGGCUGGACCUAACCCCGGCUGAGAACGGAGUGGUCUGUAGGUGUGAGUGGAGCCGUAAGGCACCUGGGUAGUGCGGUUGGCUGAGGCUGAGGCAGGGCAGUGGGCAGGUGCUGGAGGCCAGAGCGAGCUCCUGCCCUCGAGGUGACCAGCGCCUACGAAGCACCAAAACCUCGUGGUGCCCUUGCCAGAAAUUAGACCACAGGAAUAAAUCUGAGCAUAAUGGGUCUGUAGCCUUAAAAAUUGACCCAGUCGAACCAUCUGGAGCACUUUUGGGAGCAGGCUUGGGGGUCCAGCUGGUCUUUUGGUGGUGAUGAACUUGGAGCUGGACAUCUGCCUCCCGUUGCUCCCUCUUCCGUGGCGCUUGUUGGGCCCUGCAGCAGCGAGGAAGGAAGCUGAGGCAGUCUGAGACUGUCGGGCAGAGCUGUGCCAUGAAAUACUCUUUGCUUUUUCUUUGGUGACUGUAUUUUAUACCUACAUGUGUUCUCUUUUAAGGCAAACCAAUCUAAUUCCCUUGGCAAAGCUUUAAUCCAGGGUGGUCAAAUUAGACUCCCAGCUGGACAGGUGUAUCGGGAAUAAAAGCUUUUCUCAGAUUUCUCAGAAGAUCUGGUUAAGUGCUGUUUGGUGCUGUGACCACAGCUUUCAGGACCACGCAUGGGGUUAGACUCGCAUGCCUUGCUAAGGAGGAACGCGAGGGGGUUGCUGAAAACCGCCCCCCAUUAAUGCACCACUCAAGUCAAGCGUCCCUUUCGGCAUUCUGAAAGACCUGAGCCAUGAGGACUGUUCAGACUGAACUAAAACCAGCGAAGGUGUUUACGGGCACCCCACGAACGCGAUACGAAGGUAGCCCCGAAGAACGCACGCGUGAAAGGCUUUCUGCUGGUCUGGAGGCGCCAGGGAGCGGUAGCGCCUGGAAGCGGGGCGAUGGGCGCGCUGAACGAUCGGGCUGGGAUCCAGGGCUGCGGUGCUAUGGCUCCUGCGCUCUUCUUGAAGCAUCAGCAAUUUUUUUGAGAAACCUGCAAUGCGGUAAAACAAUUAUUGUGAAUGUUGCUCUUCCCUCCGCUGUUUUCUUAUAUCCUGAUCAGCUCCCUGACCGGAGAAGUUUCUUCACCUGAGCGACUGUAUAAAUGAACUGUUCUUUUAAGUGAACACACACUGUAAGUAGUGACUUAAAAGUCAGGGUGGUUAUUUGAAAUAUUCUGGUGAAUACUGGUCCGAAGUAAGGUAUCUUUCUCCUUUAAAUGUGACUGUUUUGAUGUGAUUUGCUUUAACUUUCCAUGGUACGUGUUUUGUGAAUGAGAAACGUGGGGGUUGGGGGUGACUCUGAAUCGUUUGUGUUCCCGUGUUUCUGUAGAUGGUUUAAUGUUGGUUUCACAUCUGUGUUUCGGUUGACUCCAAAUCUCAGCAUUGAUGUACAGCGACGGUAUCUGUCAGAAAACUUCCUGGAGGACAAAACAAGUCCCUGGAUGCUGACUGUAGGUGACUUCAAGCGCACUUGCAGAUUUGCUUACUCGGCAUCGUUAACUGCAGGCACCUGAAAGUCUGAUGUGACGUAAGGCAAGAGCCAAAGAGGUCAGUUUUUGAGCGCUGUAUGUCACCGGGGAUUUUAACAGCCUUCCCACUUCUGGCAAGGGGAAUGCCCGACCUCCGCACUGUCCGUGCUCGUGUUGUUCGUAACGAGCAGGGAAAUCUUAAAUAUCUGAUGAAAGAAGCUUUCAUUUGGGAACGUUAUUGAAUUCUGAAAGAAAAUUAAUCAGAUAACGGUUUGUUGUAGGUCGCUUUGAAAACUUUGGCUACUCUGCUGAUUUGUAACACAGAUGUUUUCCCCGGAAACGGGAAGCAAAAACAGGGAGGCAAGGGUUGCUGAAAAGCACUGCUUUUAACCCGCUGGGGCCAAGCCAGAAGCGUUGGUGCGCUGGUUCCUGUAGAAAAGCUCCAGCGCCGGGGUCGGUGCCCGGAGGGGGCCUGUGCUAGCAGGCAGGAGUCCUGGGGGCAGCAGGAAGGCUCCAGGUUUUACCGUUCCCGUUCCAGUGCUACUUCUUGCCCUCUGGCCCUUUUCUGGGAAGUCCUUCUGCACUGACUUCGUCUUUCAGACUGAAACCCCAAUAUAACGUAUACUGCGAACGUUGACCACGCUGAUCUGCAGAAGUUUUGAAAAGUAGGUUUGUUCAUGGUUUUCAACAGGCGUCGUCCAGCUGCAGUGCAAGAAACUGCAUACACAGGCUCAGAGACGGAGGUAAAGACGAGCUGCUGUGUGCACAGUAAGGUGGUACAAAGUUACAGCGUGUUAAUGACUGUGUGUACAGUUUCUCUGCUAACAGUUUCAUUGGCUCAUGCAGCUGGUGAAGGUGUUCAAGAUGGGGCAUAAGAAAGGAUGGGACGAAAACCAGAGCGACACAUAACCUGCCGUCCUGCGAGGACCUUUGUGGGCAUCAGCUUUCAGCUGGAGUCUUAAAGGAGCACGCUGAGAACACACGGACUGAGGUUACAUUUUAUUUAACGAAAACUACAAAAGACAACUUGCCUCCUCAGAAAAUCAGGCAGUCAAGUCACAGCUUGUGAUAGGAAAGGAAGGUGCCACACUGGAGGAGGGAAGAGCCCUACCACAAAAUGAAAACCUUCCCUCCCGGACUUAGGCAGGAUUAAUAAAUAGCAUCCCAAGCACGCCACUGCCUGGCAGCGCGGAUACCUUGUAAACCUCGUCUGGUCUGAACCAGCGCCGAGUCCUGCUCCCCGGCGCUCCGUGCGCGUGGCGCCGCGGCAGCGGCUCCCCCUCGCAGCACAGCAUUCACAGUUUGCGGUAGCUCUGACUUUGCCUCGCGGGACCUCCUUGGGUUUCAGCACUGAUUCAGAUCCCAUCUGCUCACACCUGUAAUUUGCACUUAAGUCUUUGAUUUUUGGAUGUUUCUUUUUGGAAUACUUAAGCGCUGUCUUCUUUGCAGUUUAAAAAGAAAAGCAUGGCUUUCUCCCUGCAGCCAUACAAAGCUCGCUCUUGUCUUGGUGCUGGGUCUGGCAACAGCUAGGUGUAAUGCUUCGGGAAGUUGUCUCUGUUGACAGAGCUGCGCAGGACAUCAGUCCUGCACAGCCCAAAGUUCAGGAAUUGCUCUCCUAUAAGGUAAGACAGCGAACUAGGAGAAGGAAGGCCCGUAACUUUCUUCCCGCGCUGAUGUGUGCUGCUGUCUAGCAGAGCGAGGGUUAGGGGAGACCUUUAUUAAAAUGAGGCACUUUGGCAUUUGAGUCCUUGCUCCUGUCUCCUCCCUGUCCUGUAUUUAUUUACCCUGUGUCAUUAAGUGAGACGUCUGCUCAGCAUUUAGCCUACGCAGUCUGUAUGAAAACCUUUUCUGUUCUGUGACAGGACUUCCAGGUGUGGUGUUGUUACUCAGACAGUAUUGUUUGGAUUAUACUGUCAAACUACUAUCACAAAAUUGCUUAAAAAUGCCAGCUGUAUUGUAAAAAAAUAUUCUUUUUAAUUUAACCUUUAUUUGAAAAAAAAAUGUGAGGCUCAUUUUAAAAGUGCAGUAGAGACUUUUUGUAGUCUGUAGAACUGUUUUGCUAUGGAGAUUAGCUGUUAACAAAAACUAAUUUUGGGGGCAGGGGGAAUUAGUUAAAGGCAUUUUGCAUGGUCCAAUCUGGUAAGACGAAACAAAAAAACUGAACUGCACAAGCUGGUCUACGAGAGCCAGACAAAAAGGCUUUUCCCACAGCAUGUAGGAAUUUGUAUUGGGUCUUUAAUGGGUUAACCAGGAAGGAGCACAGCUCUCAGACCCUUGGACUCCAGGGUAAGGCCUUGAGAAAAACUGGAAGUUUUAGCUCCUGGUCUUUUCACUAUUAAAUCAAAACCUUGAUCCCACCUGGGUCGUCUUUGUAGAACCAGCAGUGGGAGCUCCCCCUUCUUCGACGGCAGCGCCUCUUUCACUCUCCCAUGAGUCAAGUCAGAUUAGCUUUAAUAGGAGAACAGUGGAAUGAGCUGCAUGAAAUGCUGAAUCUGUCACACUUCAUCACAACUAUUAAAAAAAAAAAAACACAACACCAACUCCAGGGCAUUUGGUUCUCUCUGGUGCAGUGUGUAGCCCUCUGCUGAACUGAUCCCUGAGUGGUAGGAUUGUGAGUCCCUCCUCUCCCCAACUUUCUAUACUUAUAUGAUGUUAAAAACUGGGGCUUGCAAACACUAUUUAGGAAGGAUAGGAAAGAUAACACCGUUUUGUCAUUAUCCUCUGAAAAACAAAGCCGUACUUUAGCUCUGUUGUGUCGGCUGUUCUGUUUGCUGGGGCGUCCUGGUCUGCAGUCGAUGCUUGCAAGGCAGGAAGGCUUCCG